CCGAUUCAGCUGGAGCAACAAACAGACUUGGUGAGGUGGAUAUGGUAGCAAAACUGGAGGUGCCCAAGUCUGGAAAAGUUCUUAAUAAAAAGAGAAAAUACGCACAGUUUUAUUUGGAAUUAGGUCAGUCUGAUUUUCUGCUGCACGCUUGUACAAUUUGUGGAUUUAAGUAUGCCAAAGGUGAUGAAGGGGAUGAAAAGGUUCACAAAACAUUUCACAAGAAUUACACUCACGGCAUUCAGUUUAAGGGGUGGCGAAAUGAAAGAGUUAUAUACGUUCCUUCGCUUGACACUGGGCGUGUUAUCAUAGUGUUAAGCGAUGACCCUCCUGCUCAAAGAAGCAAGGUUCAGGAUGUUGUUAAGAUGAUGGAGAUGGAUCUUGGGGAUGGGUGGAUAUUUCAUCAGCACUGCAAGGUGUAUCUGUUUGUAUCUUCUGGAAGAGUUACUGGCUGUCUAGUUGCAGAACCAAUAGAGAAGGCCUAUCGGAUUGUUUCAAGCUCAACAGGAAAAAAGUCUCAGGAUCAAAAUGGAAAAGGAGGAAGAGAGAAUUCAGUGGUUCUCCAAUUUGGUGAAGUGAGCUUCCAAAGAGAAAUAGUGAGAAAGAAUAACUCUGCCAAAGGCAAGGAAAUGUGUGAUUCAGUCACUGGAGAGAUCUUAUGUGAGAAGGAAGCUGUACCUGCUAGUUGUGGUAUAAGGGCCAUUUGGGUUACUCCUUCCAACAGAAGGAAGCACAUCGCGAGUCACUUGCUGGAUGCUGUGAGGUAA